CUGCAAAGACUGGCAUGGCAAUGCGCUGCGUCCAUGCCGUUGGAUUGCAGACGAGACCUCUCUCGCGGUAGCACUGGAAUCUCUUAUCUGCCUCGAGGCCAGUCAAAUAACCUUUCUACUGACCAUCGUUUAGCUUUUUCACGUGUUACCACCGUUGCAUUUGUCCAUAUAAGCCUCGAACACAUCUCUCCUCACCUCAUUACUGUUACUGGUGAUCUGAUCUUCUCCGGCUCUUGAUACGGAGAGCUCUGCGCUGCUCAUGGCCCAUGAGGACGGCUGGCCUCUUGGACUGGGCGCCCUGAAUCCGGGAGCCGGAGCGGUCAGGAGCCUCGGCUCCUCCUCCUCCACCGCGGCAUUCACCCCGUCCCACUGCGUCUCGUCCGUCGCUUCCUCUGAUCUGGACACAGAGUCGGCAUGGUCUUUGCCGCGCGCUGGCGGCGGCGGCGGCGGCGGCGGCAUCACGCUGGCGGCCCUGAUCGGCCUGGUGGACGCCAUGGAGAGCCGGCGCAGCAGGCGCCGGGGCGAGAGGGCGAGCAGGAGCGGCAAGCUGCGGGCGCUGCUGCUCUCGCUCUGCCUCCGGAGCCACCUGGAGAACGGUGGCGGCGCGGCGCCGUCGCUCGGCCAGUUCCUCGAGAUGGAGAGGAGGGCUAGCGGGAGCAGUGGCCAUCUCCACAGGAUGCUUCCGUGGAACCGUGCCUGACGAACCUGUAUCCACGAUGCAACUGACGGAGGAAUAAGAUUUGCAUGUUGUUAUUCUAAAAAAAAGGAUUUGCAUGUUGUUGCUCUUUUUUUUAGGGACAUGUUGCUCUUUUUGAAUUAGCGUGAGCGAAAAAAAAAUUGGCACUAAGUUUGUCGACUUUUCAUUUUUUUUUUGAACA